AUGGUACACAUCAACGGAUUGUUAGCGGCAUUGAGUGUCAUUGCCUUGUGCGCCGCCUAUUUACACGAUGUGGCGCUUCAUUACAGGUCGUUGGAGUCCAACACCAAGCACGAAUGGGGGGUUUUGAGAUACCACAGCGAACGCAACAAGGCACAAUUCAAAGUCACCAAUCCAGACUUGGAAAUAGCGGGCCAGUACUGUCUCGGAACCAACGAUAUUCCUCACCACGAGUGCUUUGCCGUCAUCGAGGGGUUUGCUACCCAGAUAACUUUAUUUUUGGACACACGUAACGAUAUUGCUGGGUUGGCUGUCACCGCCAUCGGAGCUCCACAGACAACCCCCAACGUUGUGAUAAACUCAGCGCAGGUUGCGCCCAGUCCCAACAAAACUCCCGCUGUCGAUUCUUCGGGUGCAAAGAAGUCAAGUAAGCCAGCUACAGAAAAGAUAACCAAAAAAAGGAUUAUCACCAAGACCGAUGACGAGGGCGGAGAAGAAAAGAAAUAA